ACAUAGUCCACUCAGUGUUUGUAUUGAAAUUGGAUCGUAAUCCAUGAUAUAUGGAAUAUAUACCACAAAGAUGGGAGUGUAUUUGGUCUCAGGCUAGUCAGAAAUCAAAUUGCUUGGAGGAUACUUUUGUAAUUUACUCCUCAGCCUUUCGGCCGGCGACGCCUGCGCAGCUCCACGCCGCUUGGGUCUCCUCUCCCUCCCCCGUGGUUCCUCUCCCUCCCCAGCGCUGGCGCCCUCUCCCUUGCGCGUAAAAUGCGAUUUCCCCCCUCUGGCACUCUGAUCUGCAGCGGUGCUGCUUCUGCCGGUCGCCUGCACGGGGCUGCUGCUGCCGGUCAUCACGUGAGGAGCACGUCUCCUGUAGCCGCGGCUACCUGGCCACACAGCAGCGGCGACAGGAUGGUGGCGGCAAAGGGGCGACGAGCUCUAGCGCCCGCUCUAGGACUCCACACCGCCAAGGUGGCGAGCUCCUCCGUCCGCUCUAGGACUCCACCGCCAAGGGGGCACGCCCUUGCAUCCGGGAGGUGCUCGAGCUUGUCAAAGUGCCCGCCGUUCCGAUUAAGUUAUCGCGGCCUAGGUGAACCAUUAUGUUUUGCUGCAUUUGGCCCAUUGGCGACGUCAGCAUUCCACUUCUCAAACAGCUGCAGAAGCAUUUCAAGCGGGACUGCGCUCCUCCCUAUCACCAAAACAGUCAUAGCUUCAUCCAUCCUUGUUGGGUUGACAACUACCCUGAUACUCUUCUGCAACCACUUUCAUCAGGACUACCUACCUAGCAGCAGCAGCAGAGGCUGUGCGAGUUCGUUUGGUCGAGUCAGAAAUACCAGUUGCAGGUGGUCGAUGCAGCAGCAGCAGUAAAAGGCGUCGAUGGUGAGGAAGGAGCCGGCGAGGAAAGACUACCUCAGCAGCACAGUCGACGAGGAAGGAGCCGGCAGGGAAGGAGAGGCUGCGCGCAUGCAUCGCUGCAGUGAAGGGAAUAGGAUCAAUGCGUGCGCGCAUUGCCUUGUUAUGCUUGAUAGUGUAUACUAUUCUAUAAUACUUAAACAUUUUCUUGUUAAUGUGCUUUUUUAUUUGUUGGUUUUGAUGCAGCAUGAAAAUUAGUUUUGUUGGCAAUAAUCUAUCUUAAGUGGUCUAAUAGAGGUGUGCAUGCAACACUAUUAAAAUCCUGUAUGCGCUCACAAAGAGUCUUAUCUGCUGAUCAUUUUGCUAAUUGGUUGGUUA